GAAGGCAGUCAAGGCAACGUUAGUUCUUCUGCCUCUGCUAGGCAUCACCUAUAUGCUUUUCUUUGUCAACCCUGGUGAAGAUGACAUUUCCCAGAUUGUCUUCAUCUAUUUCAAUUCCUUUCUGCAGUCUUUUCAGGGUUUCUUUGUGUCAGUAUUUUACUGCUUCUUGAAUGGUGAGGUCCGUUCUGCUGUCAGGAAAAGGUGGCACCGCUGGCAAGACCAUCACUCCCUCCGAGCACGUGUGGCACGUGCUAUGUCUAUCCCCACCUCUCCGACACGAAUCAGCUUCCAUAGCAUCAAACAGACAGCAAGCGUGUGAUAUGCCCCGCACAUACACGCACCACAUGGUGGCCUUCAAGGUUUUUCUUUCUUCACUACCCCCAAGCCCCGUUCUUCAAACUUUCUUCCUUUAUUCUGCACUGCUCUCUUUUGCAAUGAGGUGCCCAUCACAUUUUUGCGGAGUCACAUCUCCCAUAUUCAUGAUGCUGCUUUAAGGCAACCAGGCAAAAGCCUCUUGGAGUAGGUGGUGGCGAAACAGAUUCAAAGAAGAAAGAGAUUCAGCACGGACUGCACCUUGUGGAAGUUCACAAUACAAAGUCUAAAACAGCACACUGGCAGGAACAA